AUGAAUUCAUCCGAGGAACCGCUGCAUCGAAACGGAAUUGCACCUAUUAAGCCAGAAUAUAUUAUCAAAAAAGAAGAUAAAUUUAUUAAACGAGAGAAUACCACAGGAGUAGAUCUUGAAGAUACACCAAAUGACACAGUACCUGAGGAACCUCCGAAAAAGAAAAGUCGUAUUACACGAACACGUGAAUCAAAUAGAAAAUACAAGGAGCGUGCAGUAAAAACUUUCACUGAAGUUAAACGCUUAUGCCAUAAAACUGCAGUUGGAGAAGAUUGCGACUUUGAUCAGUGUAAAUACGAUCAUGAUUUGAACGCUUUUUUGGAAAUUAAAGAAAAAGAUAUAGGAGAUCGAUGUGUGAAUUUCGAGAAAUUUGGAAAAUGUCGUUAUGGGUACAAGUGUCGAUUUUCUAAGGCACAUACGACCCCUGAUGGAAAGUUGAUUGUGAACGAAAAGCUUGCUUCAUUAGGAAUAAUCGAAGAAAAAAAUGGCCUAAAAUAUGAGCUGCAAAAGUUUCUCAGGAAAAACUUAUAUAAAUUUCCAAAAUCUGACACAUAUCUUAAAGAAAUUCACGGAGAGAUUUCAAAGCAAUUGGAAAUUGAGGAACAGAACAAGUUAGCUAAAUUGCAGACUACAGUUGCCGAUAAGAGUGAUCAAAUGACUACUCCACAAAAUCAAAUCAUAACUGAUGAUGUAUCCACUGCGGAAGUAAAUAUUCAAUCGACAGCGGAACUCAUUGAUAAGAAUUUGGCUGUGCAAACACUUGGAGAUGAUAACAAAACUGUUUGCGAAAUUAAAUCAGAUGAUACCGUUUUAACCAGAGUUAUAUCUGAAGAUUUUGGAACAUCAAAUGAUACUCCUGACGUACCACUUCGUGCCUGUGAAAAGAAAAAGAUAUCAUUCAAAAACAAGUUAUAUCUUGCACCUUUAACUACAGUGGGCAAUCUUCCUUUUCGUCGCAUAUGUAAACAAUUUGGAGCUGAUAUUACAUGCGGUGAAAUGGCAAUGGCCACAAAUUUACUUCAAGGGCAACAAAGUGAGUGGGCAUUAUUGAAGAGACAUGUGAGUGAAGAUAUUUUUGGCGUUCAAAUUUGCGGAUGUAAGGCGCAACAUAUGGUAAAAUGUGCCGAGGUAUUGGCUAAUGAGGUUGAGGUUGAUUUUAUCGACGUCAAUUUGGGAUGUCCCAUUGAUUUGGUUUAUAAUAAGGGGGGAGGAACUGCACUUUUGCGGCAUGAUGGAAGAUUAGGGAAGAUUAUUCGGGGUAUGAAAAGGGUUACGGAUAUACCAAUCACUGUAAAAUUGCGCACAGGUAUUCAGGAUGAUAUACCAGUUGCACAUAAGCUUAUGCCAAAAUUCGAAAAUUGGGGCGUAUCGAUGGCUGCGUUACAUGGUCGUUCACGCCAGCAACGGUAUACUAAACUUGCUGAUUGGAAAUACAUUUCUAAAGUUUCGUACACUGUAAAUGAGAUGCCACUAUUUGGCAAUGGAGACGUGCUCGGAUAUACAGAUUAUUAUGAACAUAUAGAAAAACAUCACGUUGAUGGUGUCAUGAUUGGACGUGGUGCUUUGAUUAAACCUUGGAUAUUUGAUGAGAUCAAAUCAAAGAGACAUUACGAUAUUUCAUCUAGAGAAAGAUUAGACAUUUUGAAAAAGUUUUGCGAUUACGGAAUGGAACAUUGGGGAUCUGAUUCCAUUGGGAUUAAUCAGACCCGAAGAUUCUUUUGCGAAUGGAUGAGUUUCCUAUACAGAUAUAUCCCCGUUGGAUUACUUGAGGUCUUACCACAACGUAUAAAUGAGCGUCCUCCAUUCUUCCGUGGAAGGGAUGAACUAGAAACUUUGUUGGCUAGUGGAAACAGUAAUGAUUGG